UUCCGAUCUACCGUCGAUACCCCUAAUCCUCUAGCUGCUCCAAGAGACGUUUCAUACCUCAGCCGCCCUCCACUCGCAAACCACUAUGGCCGCUCAACAAUCGCAAGGGAUCCAGACUCUGCUGGAAGCUGAGAAAGAGGCAGCAAAGAUUGUGCAGAAGGCGAGGACUUAUCGAACACAGAAGCUGAAGGACGCUCGCAGUGAGGCUGCCAAGGAAAUCGAGGAGCUGAAGUCAAAGAAGGAGGAAGAAUUCCAGAAGUACAAGAAGGAGCAUGAGGGAUCUCAGUCUGAUGCUCAAUCACAGGUCGAGAAGGAGACUCAGAAGGAAUUGGAGGGCAUCGAGGAGCAAUACAAGAAGAACCGCGAAGCUGUCGUGGACAAGCUACUAGAGCGAGUAGUCAGGGUGAAGAUGGAGCUGCACAAGAACGCCGUCAAGGCGGAGUAAGCGACGGUGCUGAUUGCCUGCCACCUAGAGGGGGACAGUGACUUGCUGAGACUAGUGUGGAGGUCAGGAGCUGCAGGGACCUUGCCGCUCUAGACUGCGAAUAGGAAGGUCAUGCGAUGACAUCUUCGUAUGGGCAUAGGCUUAGUGUUGUCUAGCUACGCUCCAUUGUGUGUGGA